AUGGAGCAGAUACCAGCACCUCUCAAGGGCAAGGUUGCCGUCGUUACUGGCGGUGGACGAGGUCUCGGAUCAGCUAUAGCGAUCAAGCUUGCCGAGCAAGGCUGCUCGCACCUCGCUAUCAGCUAUAGCACCAACAGGACCAAGGCUGACGAGACUCUUGCAACCAUCCACAAGAUCUCGCCCAAUAUCAAGACCCAUGCAUUCUCCGCCAGUGUCCUCGAAGAGAACUUUGGUGCUCAUAUCGUCGACGAAACCCUGUCAGGCCUGGGCGUGGACCACGUCGACAUCGUCGUCGCCAACGCCACCAAUUCUGAGGGCGACAAGGUAACACCCGCAUCAAAAUUGUCACGCCAGGAGUGGGACGACACCAUGACCGGGAACGCCUUCUCUUCGCUCGACCUCGCCCGCAACGCCGUCCUCAAGAUGCCUCGCGGCGGCCGCAUCGUCAUGAUCUCGUCCGCCGCGGCAAAGGCGCCGACAGGCGAAUACGUAAUUGCAUACGCAGCUGCGAAAGCCGCUCUGGAAUGCGUGAGCAAGAACUUGGCGGUGGCGUGGGGACCGGAGUAUGGAAUUACGGUCAACUCGGUCUCGGUAGGCGCUACAAAGACGGAUGGUUUGCAGAAGUCGCUGGACGCGUUUGGGCCGGAGUUUGAGUCAAUGACGAAGGACUUGAGUAUGUUGAAGAGACAUGCCGAGGCGAGUGAGGUGGCGAGCAUCGUGGCUUUUAUUGCUAGUCCGGAUGCUUCGUGGGUUAUCGGCGCUGCGAUCCCAGCCAAUGGAGGGGCAUUGUCGACUCUGCAAGGUUGA